AGCGGCGCGCGGUGACUUCUGGGAGUCGGAAGCAGGGCGGCCGAGCCGGGUGAGAAGCAGCGCGGGCCCAUGCAGGACGCUGAGAACGUGGCGGUGCCCGAGGCGGCCGAGGAGCGGGCCGAGCCCGCGAGGCAGCAGUCGGCCUCCGAGUCGCCACCGACGGACGAGGCGGUAGGGUCUGUCGGGUCCGAAGUGGGGCGGACGGGAGACGCCGAAGAAGACGCCGAGGCGGGACCGGAGCCCGAGGUGAGGGCCAAGCCGGCGGCCCAGUCCGAAGAGGAAACGGCGACGACUCCGGCCGCCUCGCCCACGCCGCAGUCGGCGGAGCGGUCCUCCUCGCUGGAGCCCUCUGCUCCCGGGAAGGCAGAGGCCGGCGGAGAGCAGGCCCAGGGGCACCCCUCGGCCGGAGCGGAGGAGGAGGGCGGGUCCGAUGGGAGCGCGGCCGAGGCGGAGCCGCGGGCUCUGGAGAACGGAGAGGCAGAUGAGCCCUCCUUCAGCGACCCCGAGGAUUUCGUAGACGACGUGAACGAGGAAGAACUACUUGGUGAUGUACUCAAAGAUCGGCCUCAGGAAGCUGACGGGAUCGACUCAGUUAUUGUUGUAGACAACGUUCCUCAGGUGGGACCUGACCGGCUUGAGAAACUCAAAAAUGUCAUCCACAAGAUUUUCUCCAAGUUUGGAAAAAUCAUAAAUGACUAUUACCCUGAAGAGGAUGGAAAGACAAAAGGGUACAUUUUUCUGGAAUAUGCUUCUCCUGCCCAUGCUGUCGAUGCAGUGAAAAAUGCAGAUGGAUAUAAGUUGGACAAGCAGCACACAUUCCGGGUCAACCUCUUUACUGAUUUUGAUAAGUACAUGACGAUCAGCGAUGAGUGGGACAUUCCGGAGAAGCAGCCUUUCAAAGACCUGGGCAAUUUGCGUUACUGGCUGGAAGAGGCAGAAUGUAGAGACCAGUACAGUGUGAUUUUUGAGAGCGGAGACCGGACAUCCAUCUUCUGGAAUGAUGUCAAGGACCCAGUCUCAAUUGAAGAAAGAGCGAGAUGGACAGAGACUUAUGUGCGCUGGUCCCCUAAGGGUACCUACCUGGCCACUUUCCAUCAGCGUGGUAUCGCCCUCUGGGGAGGGGACAAGUUUAAGCAGAUCCAGAGGUUCAGCCACCAAGGUGUGCAGCUCAUUGACUUCUCUCCAUGUGAAAGAUACCUAGUGACGUUCAGCCCACUGAUGGAUACUCAGGAUGACCCUCAGGCCAUCAUCAUCUGGGACAUCCUCACGGGGCACAAGAAGAGAGGCUUUCACUGUGAAAGCUCAGCCCACUGGCCCAUCUUCAAGUGGAGCCACGAUGGCAAAUUCUUUGCAAGAAUGACCUUGGAUACUCUUAGCAUCUAUGAAACACCUUCCAUGGGCCUUUUGGACAAGAAGAGCUUGAAGAUCUCCGGGAUUAAAGACUUUUCUUGGUCUCCGGGUGGUAACAUCAUUGCCUUUUGGGUGCCUGAAGACAAAGAUAUUCCAGCUAGAGUGACCCUGAUGCAGCUCCCCACCAGACAGGAGAUCCGAGUGAGGAAUUUGUUCAAUGUGGUUGAUUGCAAGCUGCACUGGCAGAAAAAUGGAGAUUACCUGUGUGUAAAAGUGGACAGGACUCCAAAAGGCACACAGGGAGUUGUCACAAAUUUUGAAAUCUUCCGAAUGAGGGAGAAGCAGGUACCUGUUGACGUCGUUGAGAUGAAAGAAACCAUCAUAGCCUUUGCCUGGGAACCCAAUGGCAGUAAGUUUGCUGUGCUUCAUGGUGAGGCCCCUAGGAUAUCUGUCUCCUUCUACCACGUCAAGAGCAAUGGGAAGAUUGAACUCAUCAAGAUGUUUGACAAGCAGCAAGCCAACACCAUCUUCUGGAGUCCCCAGGGGCAGUUCGUGGUGCUGGCCGGGCUGAGGAGCAUGAACGGUGCCUUGGCAUUUGUCGACACUUCAGACUGCACUGUCAUGAACAUUGCAGAGCACUACAUGGCCUCCGACGUUGAAUGGGACCCAACCGGCCGAUACGUGGUUACCUCUGUAUCAUGGUGGAGCCAUAAGGUGGACAAUGCUUACUGGCUGUGGACCUUCCAAGGUCGCCUUCUCCAGAAGAACAACAAGGACCGCUUCUGCCAGCUGCUCUGGAGACCAAGGCCCCCAACACUCCUCAGCCAGGAUCAGAUAAAGCAAAUUAAAAAAGAUCUGAAGAAAUACUCCAAGAUCUUUGAGCAGAAGGAUCGCUUGAGCCAGUCCAAAGCUUCAAAGGAACUGGUAGAAAGAAGGCGGACCAUGAUGGAGGACUUCCGGCAAUACCGAAAAAUGGCCCAGGAACUCUACAUGAAGCAGAAGAACGAGCGUCUAGAGCUACGGGGAGGGGUGGACACUGACGAGCUGGACAGCAACGUGGAUGACUGGGAGGAGGAGACCAUCGAGUUUUUUGUCACUGAGGAGGUCAUUCCUCUGGGAAGUCAGGAGUGACCUCAGUACUGUGUGUCACUGUGCCGUGCCCAGGAUCCGAGGCCACUCUUCACAGAGAGCCUUGGGCUGGGCUCUCACCUGUGCUUUCUUGCUCUGGACUGCGAGUGCACCCAGGGUUCUUCCAUCCCGACACAGCUCUGUGCCUUCAGCCCCGGGUCCACAGCGGGGACACUCGAGCCUCUGCUCUUUCACCUUGCCCUGUUUGGGUUUUUAUCAGCCGUGUCUGCAUUGGGGCCUCGCUGCAGUGUUCCUGGUGACUCCUAACUCCUGCUGCUGUCCAUGGGGUUUCCAGAGCCUCCACCUGCAGCUCAGUGGGGUUUCCAUUCAUGGACUUGCUGUUCCUGUGGGCCAGUGUCGUGUGGCCUGGAGACCAUCAGGAGUCUGCACACCCACACUUACUGUGCUAGAAACUCUGGAGGCACCCAGCACCUCACACCUGUUCAGGGUGUGGCAGGGCCUCUGCACAGGUUGGAUGUGGAAAUAAAAGCAACCCUGUGUGAAAA